CUGAUUGGCUCACAAUUUCGGUCAUACCAACAUAAAAACUGCCUAUCACAUUUUGGCAAUGUUGUCAAAAUUAUUACCAGUUGUACUAGGCAAGUAAAUAUUUCGCGUUGUGGAAGUAAUUUAUUUUUCUUUAAUGGUUCGUAAUACGAGGACGAUGUUAUAUUAUUUAGAACAAUAGUUGAAAUAAUAUACUUUGUGCUGAAACUGUGUAUAGUCAUCAGUAAUGUAUUGCAAGAGAUAAUAAAGUAUCUGUAAUGAUUUCGCAAAUGUCCUCGGAGUCGAGAAAUGGAGAGACAGCAGUGUAAUUCACUUCAAAACUUUGAUGAGCCCAAAACAGAAAUAUUGAAAAAAAGAUUAUUAAAAACAAGCAGCAGCGCAAAUUUUCCGCAAAACGCGUCACAGCAUAAUGUUCUAUUGAAUACUUUACGUGCGCCAAUAUCGAGCAGUAUGAUCGUGUCCUCAGUGCAGGCGCCCCAGAGCUCCAUGCCAAUCACACACAAUUUAGUCACCCACUCUAUUGCCCCUGUGAAAAUACACACAAACAACUCUCCUUACCCAAUGCAACUGUCAACUGUUCAUGUGCCAGUCCAGAUCCCCGGCUCCACCUCCAACAUCAAUGUGCCCGUGCAGUUGUCAGGUCCCACCAGCAGUGUCCCCUUGCAGAUUGCUCCCGUGAGCCUUCCCAUCCAAGUGUCGGGAACCACCAGUGUGCCGGUCCAACUGUCUGCCGGAGAUACUAUAAAUGUUCCUCUCCAAAUACCAGCAGCUAACCAAAAUAUUCAGAUCGCUACUCCAGCUCUGCCCUCUAUGCCUUUGCUGCAAAAUACCAGUCAAUCCAUCCACAGUUCUAUAAUUCACGUACACAUGGGGUCUAAUCCGAGGCCUGCUAACUUAGAUGGGGGUUCAGAUAUGACCGUGUCGAGCACUUCACAACUACAAAUGGCAGAUUCAUCUGGUGUACAUGUCAAAACAUCAGUUUCUCAAGUUCACAUGACCUCAAACUCUGUGAUGCAGAUACCGAGUUCAAAUAAUAAUAUACAGUUGGCGCUUCCUAACAAUGGUGGGUCGGGUACUGUGCAGCUGCGAGGUGCCACUAGAACAGUGCCACACAUGGUGUACAUCCAGACACCAACUGGACUGAAGCCAGUCACCAGUGGAGAAGUUAUAAGCCAAGCUAGCACCAGUGGAAACCCUCCGCAGAUAAUAGUGAGAAGACCUGUAACCAAUAACUCAAAUAUUCACCUCAUAUCAAAUGUCACCAACAAACCCAACAUUGCUCCUAAAGUCCAAAACAAGUCUUCAAUACUGGCACCAGUGAAUGCCUCACAGCCUAUUGUCAUUCAGAAGCCCAAGCCUAACGAAAAAAUGAUGGUUCCCGUGAGCAUCGCGCCAGGCACACAAGGCAAACAAGCCAUAGCUUAUCUUGGUUCUGUGAAAAAGGCCACAUCCAAAAACUUAUCUGAUAACCAAUCAAUACUUAUAUCCAAUAAUCAACAAAAUGUGACUGCAAACAAUCAGAAACUAUUCUUGACACCUAUGAAUAUGCCUAAAAUUCAAAAUACCAAAUUUAUUUUACCUGUGACCUUGCCUGCCACUAUGGCAUCUAAAGGCCCUAUAAUAAAUCUGCAAAUAGCUAAUGGUCAAAUUCAGAAUGAUCCUCAAGGCAACAUCACUGUUAUGAGAGACACACCUCCUAUAGAAACUGCGGAGAUGCCACCAUUGCAACCGUUGGCAAAAGUUGCUAAUAUGAAUGGAAAAGACAACAAUACUGUGCCACAGAGUCCAAAAAGUGAUAAACCAUUUGCAUUUUCGAUAUCGGGAUCCAGAGCAGAACCUACUGGAGAACAAGGGGAAUACACACUUUCUAUACCAGAGACAAAUGCUUCCAUGAAUGAUGACAUCUACACAGUUUCCAUUGCUGAUGAUGAGGGUGGUCAGAGCCGAGAGAAGUCGUUUACUUUAGCAAUACCAGAGAAAAGUAAAAGUUUGCUAAACAAAAAUGUAAUUGACCGAAAUGAAAUGGGACCUAUUCCUAUUGCUGCUCCAGCCAUAUUGAGACGAUCUAAUUCUGAUAACAGUGAGAGGAAAUCUGUCAAUGCCAACCUCAAGCGCCGCAUUUCAUUGUGCACUGAUAAUUUCUCAAAUAAACAUUUUAAGAUGUCUUUGGCUCAACAAAGAGCGAUGGAAAUGCUCUCUGAUCCACACGAUUCAGAUAAUAAUGACGACCAUCGUGUUCCGUCCUUGUUUUGUGAUGAGAAACUCGAAGAAGCUAAAGUCAACAUGGGUGACUCGGAUAAUGAGGAUAUGAAAGCAGAUGAACUGGAGAAAAAUAGUGACAAUAUGUAUUAUAAUAAUGAUUUUAUUAAGAAAUUAGAAAGGAACAACUUGGAAAGUGCAUCUGAGGAAGAUCCUCCUGGUUUGAUCUGGAACAAUGGAAUAGCCAUCCUACAAGGCAGUAAUUUGCAGUUCCAAACAAAUGAGUUUGGAUUGAUCGAUCUCGUCAACGUUGGCGAAAAUGAGGAGUCAUUGCCAUUGCCAAAUCCUAAAUAUCAUACACCUCUGAAGCAGCGCAUGGAACAAAACAGUAGAGAUAAAAAACCUACAUCUCCCGAAGAUAUGUAUCGCUGCGACGGCUGCGGGUGCCACGGCAUGGCCGCGGAGUUUAUAACUCCCAAUUUCUGCAGUUUGACGUGCCAGAGUGAUGUUCAGAAGGCUAUUCAGAAAAAGAAAGACAGGGAGCGUAUCGAACUGCUCAAAAAGCGGAAUAAAAUGAGGAAAUUAUUACUGCGGAAGCAAGGGUCGGAUUCCGAAAUAUUGCUGGACAAUAAAGAAGAAAAGUUGUCGUUGAAACAAUUCGAUUCGUCUCCUCCGGAGGGCUUGGGCGACAUGGCGCUGCUGAAGAUGGGCGAGGACUCGCUCGAGAACGAGAAGUACCCGUGGAUGUGCGGGAAGAACGGUUUUUCGUGGAUGCGGUACUUGGAAGUUUGCAAGGCGAAGGCGGCGCCCGUCAAGCUGUUCAAGGACCCGUUCCCGUACAACCGCAACGGGUUCAGGGUCGGCAUGCGCAUGGAGGCCAUCGACCCGCAGCACCCGUCCAUGUUCUGCGUGGCGUCCGUGGCCGAGGUGCAGGGUUACCGCAUGCGCAUCCACUUCGACGGGUAUCCGGACGCGUACGACUUUUGGGCCAACGCGGACAGCCCGGACGUGUUCCCGCCGGGCUUCUGCGAGCGUAACGCGCGCACGCUGCGCCCGCCGCCCGGACACACCGUGCCCGGUUUCUCUUGGCCGCUUUACCUCAAGACGGUGCGUGCCAUCGCCGCGCCCAAGCACCUGUUUUCGCAUGCCACCUCUUCGGGUUUCAAACCGAACUGCUUCCGCGUGGGCAUGAAACUAGAAGCCGAGGACCGCAAGAACGAGCUGGUGUGCGUUGCAAGCGUGGCGGACGUGCUGGACGGCCGCCUGCUCGUGACGUUCGACAGCUGGGACGCCAUGUACGACUACUGGGUGGAGCCCAGCUCGCCCUACAUCCACCCCGUGGGCUGGGCCGAGGAGAACGGCGUGUCUCUCACGCCGCCCAACUUUUACAAAGACCCGGACUCAUUCUCGUGGGCGAACUACUUGUCGGAGACGGGCACGACGGUGGCGCCCCCACGCGCCUUCAAGCCGCGCCCGCCGCAUGGCUUCAAGCCCGGGAUGAAGCUGGAGGUGGUCGAUCCUAGGGUGCCAUUCCUGAUCCGCGUGGCGAGCGUUUACGAAGUGAAGGGGCACCAGCUGAGGAUCGCGUUCGACGGCUGGCCGCGCGAGCACGACUGUUGGAUGGAAGACGACUCGCCCGACAUACACCCCAUCGGCUGGUGCCUCAAGACUGGACAUCCUUUGGAACCGCCGCUGACGGCCGAGGAGCUACGCGUGGUAGGCGCUUGCGGCGUGGGCGGCUGCCGCGGGCUGGGCUCCUCCUCCGGGGGCGCGCACAAGCAGCACAGCAGCGCCUCCACGUGCCCCUACCGCGUGCGCGGGCCGCUGCCCGACCGCCUGGCGCCGCCCGGGCCCGCUGCCGGCGUGCUGCCGCGCUCGCGCCGGGUACCCAGUAAAGGAUCGAAGUCGAUUCAAACAAGUACUCCAACCAGCGAUUCUGCUAAAGACAAGGACACUAGUUCAGUGAAGAGCAGAGCAACCAAACACAAACAUACUGAAGAGGCUAAAAAUGAUGGGGUAUCUGAAGACGAUUCGGAGAUCAGCGUCGGCGGCAAGAGGUGGCGCGACAGCGACGGCUCCGUCCGCGACGAGCGGGACAUGGGCGACGACCGGGACAGCAAGGAGCGGGACAGCAAGGACCGGGACAGCAAGGAACGGGACAGCAAGGCGUGGGACAGCAAGCAGCGGGACACGCCCAACGAGCGUGCCUUGCCGCGGGCGCAUCUCGAGAAACAUAUCUCGGAGCUCGCUCUGUCGAGUGAUCCUACCACUUGGAAUGAGUCGGACGUGUCGGCGCUGCUGGCGCGCGUGGGCGGCGCGAGCGCGGGCGCGGCGGCGGCGGCGGCGCGGCUGCGCGGCGCGGAGCUGGUGAUGGCGUCGCGCGCCGAGCUCGUGUCCUGUCUGCGCCUGCGCCUCGGGCCCGCGGUCAAGGUGUACGCAGCCGUGUGCCUGCUGCGCGAAACAUGCGCGGCGGCCACGUGAUGCCAGGAGUUGCGCGAGCGCGCCCUGCACAUCAUCGUCUGAUUUUGUGCUAUGGACUACAACUGUGUCAUGCGUGACACAUCACGUGACUAUCCACUGCCACGUUAUCUAUUCUAGAUGAGGACAAUAUCACAAUAUUCUGCUAAACAUUCUGUGUCACCUUUAGUGUUGUGAACACUUAUUGUGUCGCGAAAAAUGUGUUGUGUUUGCCACAGGCCGAAAAGAUUAUGGCGUGAUAAUCGAUUUGUAACGCGUCCUGUGUUACGGACUACAGAAUACCGCACCUAUCUUUGAGUAUGCCUAUUUAAUUGCUGUGAACACUAGUGUUGUGUCAAACGGUGCUGUGUUAACCAUAGGCCGAGGGAUUAGUUACUAGACCUUUUACUCAGGAAAGUAAAAUACGUUACAUCUAUAGUGUUGCGUCGUAAAACUGUGCUAAUCAUAGACAAAGGUGAUCAGUCCACUGCCGCGCUCUAUAUUCUGAAAUAUACAAUGCAAGACCUCUUGCAAUAAAUCAUUGCCCGAAUCCACUUGACGUGUUUACCAUAGAUGUUAGGAAGAUUGAACAUACAAUGUGACUAGUGGUUAACAAAAGUCUUGAAACAAAUUGUAUAGUAUAUUAUUGUCUAAAACUUCAAUUUAGACUAUUGGUGUGGUGAAGUCAGUUGCAUAUAUCACUUGAACAUUUUAUUAAUGUUGUUUGGUCUGAACAUCCCUGUUUAGAAUUUAGAUGACUAUUUGACUUGUUUAGGAUAAUAAUGUUGUGUACAGUAUAUGGACUUUGAAUUGCCCAGAGGCAUUUGGUUUAUUUUACUAUUUCCAAUUGAUGUUAUGUUCUACAAAAUCAUUUUUGAUGGUGAUCUUCUGUGAUGACAGUAUUAAAAUAAUCUUACUUACCAGUUAACUUUCCAAAUUGAAAGUUAAUUGUAUGCACAAUUUUGUUAGGGUCAUACAACAUCUCUCAAUAAUUUGCAUAAUACCUUGACACUGAUACUAGGAAAAAUCUGUAAAAUUGUAAAUCAUGCUUUAAAUUAUGGGGUUGUGAAUAUGCAAUCUUUUUGUCAUGUCUACAAUUGUUUGUAAUGUUAGAUAAUCUAAAGAAACAAAAAUUUUAUUGUAGAAUCAUUUUCAAUCAUUCGAGAACUGUAGAAAAUCUAUUUUAAAUAAAAACUAAAUUAAGUAAGAAAAUUAAAAUAUAUUGCAGGGUUCUAUCAUUGUCAGGGCUGGAUAAUGUUUUGGGAUUAAAACCAAAGAGUGUAAAAAGCUGUAAUAUUUGUCUGCUUGAAAGGUCCUCAAGUUAAUUACUUGUUUUGAAAGUAUUAACUUUAUUUAGUAUAUUUUUAUGUGCUAUUAUUGUUUAUGCUAUGCUAAUUAAUUUAUGUGAUUAACAGCAGCUCACUCUUGACUAUUUGUAAAUACUAUUUACCCUAAGAUUCCUGUGCAAUUUAGUGUUACGAAAUUAAAUUUAUUGCGCCUAUCCUAUAUCAUACUUAGUUUCCACUUUUUUGCAUGUUAAUGAACAUAGUUAAAGAUUUGAAAUCUAUUGAUUACUUAAUCAUAGUCUUGGUAUUCCUUUUUUCCGAAAACCAUAAUAUUUUAUGAAAUCAUAAUACAUAGUUAUUUUUAUUUAAUUGUGUGCCUUCAGCAAGAGGCUUCUAUUAAUAAAGUCGUUCAUUUUAUGGAAUACUUUCUAGUUGUAAGUUUAAAAUAUAGCAAUACCUAUUUUUUUACAUUGAAGACAUGUAUUAUUUUAAUUAAUAUAUUCAAGCUUUUCUAGGAUCAAUGUUAUGUUCCAAUCGUUAAUUGGUAUGAUAAUAUAAAUGUGUGUAAUUUAAGUAGCAGUAAUUAUUUUUUUCAGGUCUUGAUGAAAUGACCAGUUUUUAGUUGGAUUGAGUUAAAAAAGUAGUCUAGUGUUAAUUAGAUCCUGAUUCAACCAUUCUGUUUCCAAAAUUGAUUUGUGUACUGAGUCAAUCUUUACCUGUAUAGAUUUACGGCUUUUUAAUUUCGAUGAGUUGUAAUAGGUAUUAUGUUUCUGAACAACUGUAAAUAGCGGUUCCUUAUAGGCUACUGAAGGUAUUUUUGUAGUGGCCAUGUACAAAGUGAGAUAAUACCUCUAGUGUAAGUUUUUACACCGCGUCUAGUGUAAGGAAAGUGCCAUUUCGAUUGGUACGAACUUCUAAACUGUUGUUCUGUAAUUUAAUAAAAAACUGAAAGUCA